CUCCCGCGCGGACGCGUUGCCGGGCAGCGGCCGCAGGGGGGCGCCGUCACAACCCCCCCGCCAUGCUGAGGGCGAAGGUGCUGCUGGUGGGGCCGCGCGAGUCUGGGAAGUCGGUGCUGGCGAACUUCGUGUCGGAGAGCACGGAAGGGAUCGGCAGCUACAGCCCGACGCAAGGGGUGAGGAUCCUGGAGUAUGAGAAGCCAAACCUGAACGGGAACAGCAAGGGAGCUGGGUGUCGAUUCGAGCUGUGGGAUUGCAGUGGUGACCAAAAGUUUGAAACGUGCUGGCCAGCUCUGAUGAAGGACUCUCAUGGGGUAAUAAUAAUCUUCAACCCUGAGCUGCCCAGUCACCUGAAAGAAAUUGAGAUGUGGUACUCCUGCUUCGUGCAGCAGCAGCCACUGCUCGACAGUCAGUGUCUCCUGGUGGCACAUCACAAGCCAGGCAGUGCAGAGGACACAGAAAACCUGCCCCUGGCUUACCCACUGAACAAGCUAAAACUAAUACAUUCCAACUUGGAGGAAGAUCCUGAAGAUGUUCGGAUGGAAUUCAUGAAAUACUUCAGAAGCAUUAUCACCAUAAUGAAUGAGAGCAGAGAGAGGGAAGAAAUGUCAAUUAUCUCAUAGCAUUUAAAAAAAGGACUGAACAGGGAAGAAAAAAUUAUAGUUUUGCCCUCGUAAGCCUGUGAAUGGGUCCUCACAAGGAGAAUUUGCCAGCCUAUAAACACUGCAGCCUGGAAAGAAGUGCUGACAUCAGGUGAGCUGUGGUGCCAAGGAGAGGGCUGCACAUCCAGGAAUUUGGGUAACUUUACAGCUGCACUUUGGCAUCAGAAGCACAGGAAGGUAUUUUUUAAUAUGUUAGUGUGGAGCAAAAGAGAAAGGUUUGGGUCAUCCCUCACAGAAGCCCUUUGUGCAGAGGUGCUCAGAGAAUGAGGCCUGACAGAACAGAAGAUUUGUGGAGUUGUGCUGAAGCAUCUGAGUAAAGGGCUCAUGUUAGCUGGGUUCCUGGGCAAGUUAUGCCCUUGGGAGUCAGUACACACUGACUGGAAUAGAGAUCUGAGAGUAGUCGUGGUGUGGAAUCCACAUUUUUGUGUUCUUCCUGCACAGCCCUUGCCUUGGCCUGACAGAGCUGGUUGCAGUCCUUCUCAGGACUAGGUCUUUCUUCUAUUCCAACAAAAUACACAUGUUGUGAGGACAAUGUUUAGGUCCCUCUGGGAGGAAAAGAAUUGAAAUCUCACUGUAGUGCAAUAUUUUGACCUAUGUCAGGAGCUCCAACAGAGAAAAAAAAUAGUUCUGCUUUCUCAAAGGAGGAAAAGCUGUUUCGAAACUUUUAUUACUGUUCCCUGUUGCAUUAAAAUAAGUGGUUUCAUAGAUAAUUUACUUUGACUUGUUUGGUUUGCACUCAUCCCUGUUAUUAGUGUGUUUUGCUGUGGAAGACAUUUUUUGUAACACUCAUUACUAAGGCAAUAAAAACAUUUUUAAAAUGUU